AUGGGUCCUGGCGCAGCUGUACUCGUGGGGUUGAGAUCACUAGUGAUCAUAAUGGCUUUGGCGGUUGUUGGGACUGGAGCUUGGAAGAUUCAUACAAUCCACGACUUCGACAGACGAGGCCAAGCGGUUCUCAACUUUACCUCUCUAAACGACGACAAGAAGACGACAUGGCUGAACUUCUUCAAAGCGGCAUUGCGAAAUGAACAGAGAAUCUGGAUCUCUGUGGGCACCGGAGCAUUGUCUUUCGUAGCAAUGCUGUAUAUCUUCCUAGCUUUAAAGAUCGAUCGUAUGAAGGUCUCCCCCAAGUUUCUCGUUCCGCUCGAGUUUCUUACAAUGCUUUCAAUGGCCGCGGCCUUCGUAUUCUCCCUCGUCACCACGAUCGAUGUUUCGCCCUUGUGCGUCGGGCUCGAUACAGCCUCAGAUUCGGACUUGAAUACUUUUGGCUUGUUCUGCCCAAUGGACAAAGGUCACGCUGCAGCUGGAGGCGUUGGAGUGCUCGUGCUAGCAAUAACUUCAAUGUCUGCGAUCGUGAGCGCCUGCAAACGCCGUGGAGGGAAACAGAACCUAUCCUUCGAACCGGAUGCAUCGAUUCUCGACGCAAAUUAUGACUACUCAAGUGCUGCUGCCUCUGAAAUAGGCGGCCCCACGCGAUCUGUCGCAGAAGAACAGAUCGGACUCGCGAAUUCGGCCGCGCCAAUGGGAGGACGAGACUUUUGGCCUACGCAAGAGAAGGAAGACACGAAUGUUUCUGGACCUCUUCAUCUGCAGGCACCGAAGGAGGCAGAAGCGCAAAUGCGACCGGCCCGGCCGUGGAGCGAAGCCAUAACCAAGAAAUUCCGCAACUGA